AUGGAGAACUCAGGGAAAGCAAAUAAAAAGGAUAUACCUGAUGGUCUCUCAAAAGAAGUCAAAUUACCUACCAGUGAAGCACUUCUAGGCUAUCACUGUCAAAUAAAGGAAAAUGCAGUGGAGCGAUUCAUAUUUCAAAUAAAGAAACUUAGGGAAAAGAACCAAAAGUAUCAUGAAAGAAAUAGCCGCUUAAAGGCAGAACAGGUUUGGCACAUACAGCACCUACUGAAGGAACUGAGUGAAGAGAAGUCAGAGGGAUUACCAGUUGUAGCAAGAGAGGAUGUUGAAGAAGCAAUGAAGGAAAAAUGGAAGUUUGAAAGAGACCAGGAAAAAAACUUGAGAGAUAUGCGCACACAAAUAAGUAAUGCUGAGAAAGUAUUUCUUGAGAAACUCAGUGAAAAGGAAUAUUGGGAAGAGUACAAGAAUGUAGGAAGCAAACAACAUGCUAAACUCAUCACUUCUUUACAAAAUGACAUCAGUACAGUUAAAGACAAUGCAGAGAAAAUGUCAGAACAGUACAAAAUCACUCUGGAAGAUACUAGAAAGAGAAUAACCAGAGAAACUUUGUUGCAACUGGACCAAAAGAAGGAAUGGGCCACACAGAAUGCUGUAAGGUUCAUUGACAAGGGCAGUUAUCGAGAGAUCUGGGAGAAUGACUGGCUGAAAAGAGAGAUUGCAAUUCACAGGAAGGAAGUUGAAGAAUUAGAAAAUGCUAUUCAUGAACUUGAAGAAGAAAAUUUGGUGCUUAUUGAUCAACUAUUCAGCUGUAGACUUGUGGAUCUCAAAAUACCCAGGCGACUAUAUCUUACCCAAGCUGCUGGACUGGAAGAGCCACCUAAAGAAAUGCCUUUGGAGUUGUCAGAGACAUAUACAGGAGAGAAGUCAAAAUUGCCACCCCUAGAAAUGGGAAGCUCACCACUUAGCAGUGCCUUUCAUCUUAGUACCGAAGAUAGCGUCAGAGAUGUUCGAUAUGUGAAGAUAGAUGCAGAGAGCUCAAGCACAGAGUUCGGGGGCCCUGAUACGAAAUACUUACUAUAUGAGGAUGAGCAGGAUUUCAAGGAUUAUGUAAAAUUGGGGCCCCUGGAAGUGAAGCUAAUGAGUGUGCAGAGCAAGAAAAUGCCCAUUCAUUCUCAAGAGAAGGAAAUGCCAGUAAAAUUUGAUGAAGAUGUCAGGAGCCCAGAAAGCCUCAUCACAUAUAAGAUGAUGAAGUCUUUUCACUAUGAUUGA